AUGGCCUUCCCCGAACCAAAACUACUCCGCGGCAACGACCCAUCCGACAUAUCCUUCGCCAGCGAAACCUACUCCCUCAGCAGCGAACAAAUCCACACGCUCCAAUCGCGCAGCGCAUCCGCCAAAUCGACCGCCUACUGCCCGUACUCGAAUUUCCGCGUCGGGUCUACGAUUCUCACCCACGAUGGAAAAUAUAUCGAUGGCGCGAAUGUGGAAAAUGCAGCGUAUCCGGUGGGAACCUGUGCGGAGAGAGUGGCGUUUGGGAAGGCGGUUACGGAGGGGCAGAGAGGGUUUAGGGCGAUUGGCGUCGCGACCGAUAUUAGUCCGCCGGCGAGUCCGUGUGGAAUGUGUAGACAGUUUAUCCGUGAAUUCUGCGAGCUGGAUAUGCCAAUCUUUAUGUUUGACAAGAAUGGGGAUUUUAUGGUUGCGAGGUUAGGAGAGCUCCUACCAUUAUCUUUUGGACCAGAAGCACUACCACCGAGGGAAAAGCUGGCUGAGAUUGAGAGGUGA